AAGGCUUUAUCAAUGAAUAACAGCAACAAGGAAGCGUUGAAUCAAAGUGUUACUGGGAGGAGACUUGGAGUGUUGGCUAGACAUGUAUUUUCAAUACCACUUCAAACCUGUUUGAAUCAUACUCAACGGGUGGUCACUCAUCAAUCCAACAAUACAAUUAAUAGGAGCGAGAAUCGAAAUUAUCGAUCCAACAAUUUAGAUUGGUAUUUCGGAAAUGAUUUAAAUAGAGGAGGAUUGAAAAAUAAUGAGAGAAAACCAGAAAUUCAAUCUUCACUCAAUAAUCAAUUCUUCUUCAAAAAGGAACAAGAAAAUAAUUUUACAAAUUCCAAUCAUCAACAUUCUGAAUUUAAUCCAAUUUUAAUUCCAAAGAAUCAUCAGCAAGUUAAUCCUUCAUCUGAAAAAGAUGAUGAGGAACAAGACAGUUUAUUGGAAUUGCUCUCAAAUGAUAGAGUUGACCAAACAGAAACAAAAGAAGAGUUUGAGGAAAAGAAGAGAAAAUUAUUAAUUCUUCUAGAUCAAGCUGUUGAGGCUAAAAUGAAAAUUUCCAAGGCAUUCCCAGAAAAAUUGGCUCUAUUUGGGAAUGAUUUAUCGAGAUAUAAUCUGAAUUGGCAUCCAGGUUGGAGAGAACCUGAAAGAUUUGUUCCAGAAAUUGAUUGUGAUCCAUAUCGAGGUGCUUGUUCCGUGAGUAGUUGUGCAUGUCAACUCUUUCAAUCUUGGCCUGUUGGAGAGGAGGGUAGUGAGCUGUAUGUUUACAAUCCAAAAAUUGUGAAUCCUGAAACAGAGCUUUGCAGAGAGUGUCACCACUUGAAAUCGGAUCACUACCUGGCAACCAAAGCUGACAGAUCCAAAUAUAAGGAAUUUUCUCAAGAAAAUGUGGAAAAGUAUGAACUUCAAGUGAGUGAAGAUUUACCUCCAAAACAUCCAAGUGAAACCCCAACUCAUUUACUAUCUCACUAUUACGAGGAGAAUCCACUCCACCCUGGAGCUAGUCCUAAUGUGAACAAGCUAAAAUUAUUGGAAGAGACAGAGGAGAAUGACAAGAAGAAAUCCAUGUCCUCAAUGAAUAUGGACGAUGACUUUGAUGACGAUGAUGAUCCUCUAGCAGAAGGAUUUUAAAUAUAUUUUUGAAAUGGGAAUAACAGAAUAAUAUUCUGAAAUAGUUGUUCAAACAAACAACUUGACAUUUAUUCAUAUAUUUUACCACAUGAAUCUUGCCUCAUUUCCAUCAGGUCCUACAAAAGGUUUGAAAAGGAACAUGUACAAAGUAGCUCCAUUAAUUAAUAGAUACCACAAAAUAUUGACAAAUUCUUGUCUGUCACUGCUGCUUGUAUUCAAAUUUAAAAUCAUGAAUGGAAUGAUAAAGUAUCUGAAUUCAAUCAAUGGAAGAGGAAUCAAGUUCAAUGCCGUACAAAACAAGAACGUUCCAAUCCAUAGGGAACUCUUUUGGUUUCUUCUCAAUUCUGCAAUAAUAAUCAACAAUGCAAGUACAUAAAUUGGAGAAAAUUUGAUACAUUCGGCAAGUUGAAUUUCUGGAAUGAUAUGAAUCUUGAAUAGCCUUCUCCACAAGUAGAAAAUGUAAUGUCUAUUAUCACUCAAAAUAAACUUGUGAACAUAACUGU